AUGGCCGCCCAGUCAACGCUUCGGCAGAGCCAGGAUCCUCUUGUGACGCUAUAUAGUUACUACGCCAAUCUGUUCCGGGACAAAUUUAAGCGUUCAUCGAAGACCACUAGGAUUGUCGCGACGAUUGCGCUUCUCCUUUCGAUUAUUGGCAGUGGAUAUGGGGGCUACAACUUGUUUCGAGAGAGGGCGAAGGAACGGGCUCGUGGCAAACGAUUACUACGCCGGAACUCUGGGAUCAGGGGCAAGGAUGGAUCUCGCACCAUAUACGUGCCUUACAAGGACUCCAUGACCUCCAAGGUCAAAAUAUACCCGACGAAACCCACGACUUUCGACGCACAUCGAAGACUCUUCUUAAACCCGCCGGCUUCCGCUCGCAUGGAUGAUGAAGACCCGCUCGGUCGAAUACCACCGCCGACAACGAAGCCCGGAUUGAAUCUCGCAUUCCUUCACCAGUUCUUGAGUCUCGGGAGUAUCAUGGUGCCGCGGUGGGGUAGCAAAGAAACAGGGCUUCUCAUGAGCCACGGAGUCUUUUUGCUAUUACGCACGUACUUGUCGUUGUUGAUCGCACGGCUUGAUGGUGAGAUUGUCAGGGACCUUGUCGCUGGGAAAGGAAGGGCCUUCACUUGGGGUAUCCUCAAAUGGUGCGGCAUCGGCACCCUCGCAUCAUACACCAAUGCUAUGAUUAAGUUUCUUCAGUCAAAAGUGUCCAUCGCGUUCCGGACUCGACUCACGAGAUAUAUUCACGAUCUAUACCUAACGGCUGAUAACAACUACUAUAAGGUGAUGAACCUCGACGGCAGUAUCGGUCAAGACCCUGAUCAAUUCAUUACUCAAGAUCUUACUCAGUUUUGUUCGGCUGCCGCCGCACUCUACUCUUCCAUGGGAAAACCUUUGGUGGACCUCUUUGUUUUCAACUACCAACUAUACCGCUCUCUAGGGCCAUUAGCUCUUAGUGGGAUCCUCACAGGAUACUUUAGCACAGCCGUCGUUCUUCGAAAGCUCUCCCCACCAUUCGGAAAGCUGAAAGCUGUAGAGGGCAAAAAGGAAGGCGAUUUUAGGAGCUUACAUUCCAGAUUACUCGCUAACGCCGAGGAAAUCUCUUUCUACGGCGGAGCUGAUACCGAGCGUGUGUUCCUCGCCAGAAGCUUUAAGGAACUCCAACGAUGGAUGGAGGGAAUAUACAGCCUAAAGAUCCGCUACAAUAUGCUCGAGGACGUGAUUCUUAAAUAUUCCUGGUCCGCGUUUGGAUACUUGGUCACAUCCUUACCGGUUUUCCUUCCUGCAUGGAGCGGUUUAGGCGGCGCGAUGGAAUUGGCAGACUCACCCGAGGCAUCUGGCCGAGAACGAGGUCGCAUGAAGGAAUUCAUUACAAAUAAACGACUGAUGCUAUCUUUGGCUGACGCUGGUGGUCGAAUGAUGUACAGCAUCAAAGAUAUCUCUGAGCUGGCUGGCUACACCUCGCGAGUGUAUGGCCUUAUUUCCACCCUACAUAGGGUGCAUGCAAAUUCUUAUUAUCCGCCGCCUGGUUCUCAUUCAGAGCUGUUCUCGCUUGAAGAUGUCCAAGGAACUAUUCACAAUGGGUUUGAUGGUGUACGCCUUGAGCAAGUCCCUAUCGUCGCACCAUCUCUUUAUCCCCGAGGUGGAGAUGAGCUUGUAGAAUCGCUGUCAUUUGUUGUGCAUUCUGGAGACCAUCUCCUAAUCUCCGGCCCUAACGGGGUGGGUAAAUCUGCGAUUGCUCGUAUUGUUGCUGGACUAUGGCCUGUUUACCGUGGUCUUGUUAGCCGUCCGCGUGGGUUUGGGAUCGACGGAAUCAUGUUUCUCCCUCAGCGACCGUAUCUGAGCGUCGGAACUCUGCGAGACCAGGUGAUAUAUCCUCACACGGAGAUUGACAUGCGAGAUGCAGGUGUAUCGGACUCCGCCCUCCAGAAAAUCCUGGAAGAUGCCCACCUUGGCUACCUUCCUUCCCGUGAAGGUGGAUGGGACUCUCGCAAGGAGUGGAAGGAUGUCUUGAGCGGAGGCGAGAAACAAAGAAUGGCGAUGGCGCGCAUAUUCUACCACGAGCCUCGUUAUGCGUUCCUCGAUGAAGGAACUUCCGCUGUUUCCUCCGAUGUGGAAGGACUACUCUACGAACAAGCUAAGGAGCGCGGAAUCACUGUUAUUACUAUUUCAACACGAGCCUCACUCAAGAAGUAUCAUACUUACAACCUUACCAUAGGCGUUGGUUCGGACGGCGAGCAAUGGGAGUUUGAAAGGAUUGGAACUGCCAAGGAGAAGCUGGGCGUCGAAAAGGAACUCCAGGAGAUUCGCAAACGUCUCGACAAGGUGGACGAAUGGAAGAAACGCCGGGAGGAAAUCGACGACGAGCUUCGAAAGGUCUGGGUCGAUAAUGGAGAGCUUGCGCCCCCUCCAUAUGAGGAAAAUCCCACGACAACGGAAAGUGGGGAGGUCGAAGUAGCUGGCAAUUAG